GACUGCUGCAGAGGAGAUUCAAACAUGGCGUCCGUCAGGAGGUGCACUUUGCUCCUGGGGAGGUCUUUGGGACGGUAUUUUGUCAGUCAGCGAAGUUUAUCCACCAGAGUUAACACCGCCAGGGCAAGAUUUCGACCUCACCAUGCGGGAGUGCUCCUCGCUACGAGUCUGGUGGUGUACGCGGGGUCGAAAAGCUCCGACGGGUUCAAGCCGAAGAAGAAGGAAGAAGAUGCAUUUGCUGCAAAGGCUGUAAAGCUUACAUCUCGGGAACGGCGAUUCAUUAAGUUCGCAUCAGUUCAGUAUGAUGGCCAACUUUACAUGACUCCUCAAGAUUUCCUGGAAUCUGUUGUAGAACAGGAACCUCGGCCCCGUCUGAAGCGACGUACUCUAACUGAUAAGGAUUUGGCAGCUCUUAAAGAUGCUACUCCACCUCUGAAGAAAGGUUCCACUCAAAUGUUCCGUAGCCUCCGAGAUAAGGGAAUAGUUUCAUUCACUGAGUAUCUAUUUCUGCUCUCAAUCCUAACAAAACCUCAGUCAGGCUUCCGUAUUGCAUUCAACAUGUUCGACACUGAUGGAAAUGAGCGAGUAGAUAAAAAUGAAUUUCUUGUGAUUCGGAGACUAUUUAGCAGCGGCAGAAUUUCCAAGGAGCGUAUGGAAGAUGAAGCAACGCGAAAGGCUAUGGAAAAAAUCUUCAGCCAUGCUUGGCGCGACAAACGAGGCUUACCAACUGAGGAAGAAGCUGAUAAAGGGAAAGCUAAAAAUAAAGAGAAUGCAACCGGUGAGAAGAAAGAGGGUCAAGGUGCUCAAGCAGACUCAGAUUAUGUUGAUGAUGAGCAAGGUCUUCAAAGACGCCACUUGGUGGACACUACACUUACCAUUCACUUUUUUGGCAAGAAGGGAAAGGAUGAGCUCAGAUUUGAGGGCUUCCGCAAGUUUAUGGAGAACCUCCAGACAGAGGUGCUAGAGCUGGAAUUUCAUGAAUUCUCAAAGGGAGCUGAAACGAUAAAUGAAGUGGACUUUGCAAAGAUUAUGCUGCGUUACACUUACCUUGAUACUGACAAGUAUGAUAUGUACCUUGAUCGACUUCUUGAUAGGGUUAAAGAUGAAAAAGGGAUUACAUUUGAGGAGUUCCGUAUAUUUUGUCAGUUCUUGAAUACCUUGGACGACUUUGUCAUAGCAAUGCGUAUGUAUACAUUGGCUGAUCAUCCGAUUUCUAAAGAUGAAUUUCACAGAGCAGUGAAAAUAUGCACUGGCACCAGUUUGAGUCCGCACCUGGUACAUACAGUAUUUGCUCUCUUUGAUGAGGAUGGAGAUGGUUUACUAAGUUAUCAGGAAUUUAUUGCCAUUAUGAAGGACCGUUUGCAUCGUGGUUUCAAGUCUCAUGCUAAAAAUGAAGGCUAUGAGGCAUUUAAGGAUUGUAUAAAACAAGAACUGAAGUCCAACACAUAACUUAGCCAAGAAAUGCACCCAUGGGUCUUAAUAUGUCUUAUUCAUCAUUUUCUUGAGAGUUAAUUUUUAUUUAAUGUACUUCAUUUUUAAAUAUUUUUUCCUUAUUGUUACUGUUGCUUGAGCAGGAGGGUGUUCUAGUCAGAAGCCAUAAGAAAACUUCAAUACCUCCUCCUUGUGACAACACUUUUAGCCUGUUGUGGGUGAUCUUAAGAGAUUGGAAUUUCAGUUUUAACUACAGUAUUUUGUAAUGACAAGUUUGAUAUCAGACCAGUAAAAUCUAUCAGUGUCAUAGAUACUGGAGGAUGUCCUUCCUGUGACCUCUUUUUGAUUCUGCAGAUGUGCUUAAUAUUUAUUAUAUGUCCGAUUUUGUAAUAGUCAAGUUUUGAAUAGAUGCCACAAUCUGUGAUAUCUUUGAUGUUAACGUUUUCUCAGUGCCGCUCAGUAUAUGAUUGCAAUUUGUUGCACUUCUGGUAAUGUAGCUUGCUUGAUAUGUAAUCUGUGUACUUAAAUGUGUAUUGCAAGCUUCAGAGAGGCUAUUUUAUGCUAAGUACAAGGGGUGCCCCACCACCAUAAGUGACUCCAGACUUCUCUAUGCUAGUCUAUUUUGAAGGUUUUCUGCUCUGUGUCAGAAGAGAAUGGUGGUUAGUACUGAGCAACAAUGAAGUUAGGUGAUCAUAGAGAUUGCCAAAUGCUUAGAAAAUUUUAAGAUUUGCGCCAUUGCCUUUCUCAUACUUUUGUGAGUCCCAUUGCCAUUUUUAUUAUUAUUAUUUUGUCAAGCCUGUGCCAUCAAUUGUUUUAUGUUCUUUCAAGACUUCUAGAUGAGUUGAUACUCCAUUGUUUUAAUGCAUCAUUUAUUUUCUCCAUUUUUGUUAACGUUCAAAAAUUACAUUUUUCUUUUUGCUUUGGCAAAUGUAGACAAAAAAGAUGAGUUUUCUGAAGCCUAAUAAAGACAAACUUUUGCUAAAGAGAA